AUGGUGGAUAAGGAGAACGAUGCAUUGUGGGGCUUCUUCGUUGAGAAGCUUAAGGCCUUUGUCAUCGACGAACUAGAGCUGUGCGUCAUCUCCGACAGACACGUAAGCAUAGCCAACGGCCUCGCAAGGUAUUAUCCGUUUGCGCAUUACGGUGUUUGUAUGAGGCAUCUCGGUGAAAAUCUCUUAAUAAAUCACCAUUGUUUCUACUCUCUCUAUUUGUACUACCAUGCAGCCAAGGCGUACAUGUUGGAAGAAUUUAAUGACUACUUCAACGCCCUUAAAGAAAGAUUCUCCAGCGCAGUAGCUUUCCUCGAGCAUGGAGUUGUAUUUGAAAAGUGGAGUCGGGCUCACUUUCCAGGUAAUCGAUUCAACGUCAUGACCUCAAACAUCACCGAGUCGCUCAACUCAAUGUUGCGCGACGAAAGAGAGUAUCCAGUGGUGGCCAUUUUCAAUUCAAUUGAACAUAGGUUUAGAGAAAUAUCCAGGAAAAGGUAUAAGGAGGUGGACAAUUCAAAGACAACCUUCAUUCCCGUAGACGAGAUGAUCUUGAGGGAAAAAAUAACCGAGGACGACAAAUUAUAUGUGUACAAUAUAAUCGGAAGCACCGAUGAAUUCACCGUUCUUGGUUACGAUUAUUCCACAAAAGUUAAUCUUUCAAGAUGGUUAUGUUCUUGCAGAAAGUACGACUUGGUGAAAUUGCCAUGCGCUCAUGCAAUGGCAGCAUUGUGUUUGAAGCACGGGGACGAAUACGGCACUAGCAUUUACAACUACUCUUCACAAAUAAAUUCGAAAAAAUCAUACCUCCUUGCAUACUUGGAACCUAUUUGUGCAGCACCACUGAAGUCGGGGUGGAGUGUGGCACAAGAGUAUCUAGAAAUGCAAGUUCUUCCACCCGAUUUCGAUCCCAAAUUCGAAAGGAGGAAGGGUCUUGCCGCCGAUCAACGGCGGAUGGACAGAGAGCUUCAAUGGAUGGCUCGUUUUCUUUGA